AUGGACGAAUAUUGUCUUGAUUCCCACUUGGCGAUCUGUGUCCAACCGUGCCCGGAGUUAGAUUUGUCCAGAUUAUCUGUAAUUACUGGAGCUGGAGGAGCACCAUCCCACGAGCUGGAUGCUUAUCAUCAGGUGGAAACGACAAUUUCUUCGUCUGGAAAAGAUCUGAUCGAAUUCGAAGCCCUUGAAAACGCAGCGAGAACCCACGAAUCAUUUGUCUCAACAGCGUCGUAUGCUGCACGACUGUGGCGCUCGCACUCUGCGGAUUCUGUGCACUUACCAGACAGCGAUUUCCAGGAAGUCUAUGAAAAUUAUCAAAAUCCUCAGCAUCCGCUGGAUCUUAAUCCGGAAUUUGAUCACUGCGAUUCGGACGUAGACACCGUGAGCAUUGCCAGCGUAAGGGAAUUCCACGAUUCACUGCCGAUUAUUACUUCCACACCGCCGAAAGAUAUGAGGAAAGAAACCGUACUCAGUAGAAAGUCUAAAAAGACGAAUUCUCCUGAUUGUGGAAAAGUUGUGCGACAUUUAUUUCCCAGCAAAAGUAGCGCUCCUUCGCUUGCCGGUGGUCUAACUGGUCAAAACACAGUCGACAAUCGAGUAGAAAAUGAUCAAUCGCUACCGGCUUCGGCACGGUGUGUUCAGCUUAACGAUGGGGAAAUUAUGGAACAACUUCAAGACAAAGUUGUCGAAUUAAAAGCGGAAAUCGCCAGAUAUAAAACAGAAAAUGCGAAACUGAUUAAAAGGCGUUUGGAAAAUGAUGCUUUAUUUCGACAACUGGAAAAAGAUCGAUCAGAAUUUGAUGUGGAAAGGGAAAAGAUUGUGCAUGAUUUAGAGGAAAUGAAACUGAACGAGCUGAGGAAACUAGAAAUGGAGAAGAAAAUUCUGUACAAACACAUGACGGCGCAGACAGAAGAGGACACAAGACGGUUACGAGAAUCCAACGAAGAAUUAAUCCGAGAGGUGGAAAACUAUAAGGAUGAAUUAAGGAAGUCUGACAUCCGGCACGAAAGUGUUGCCAAACGUCUGCGAGAUCGUAUAAAAUCCAUGGAAGUACAGUUGGAUGCUGUUCGUGAUCAGGCUGAUGCUCUGGAAGAAGAUAAACAGCAGCUCGUUCGGGAGGUUGUCAGGUUUCCAGUCCAAAAUGAAACUGUUUCCGAUGAACUGAUCCACGAUAGUGGCACUAUCGAGCAAACUUUCCGCGAUGGUAAGAAAGUCCGAUUUUAUAAAAAUGGGACGAAAGAGGAAAUCAGCCACGAUGGCAGAUGCACAACCACCACAUACUGCAAUGGUGAUAUUAAGCAAAUAUUUCCCGAUAAAGAGGUAUAUUUUUACAAGGCGAAUCAAAGCAUUCACACAAAGUUUCCCGAUGGAAGAGAAGUUUAUCAGUUUCCAAAUAACCAGACGGAAAAGCUGUUACCAGAUGGAUCUAAAGAAAUUCAGUAUCCGAACUCCGUGAUAAAGAAAAUCUAUCCUGACAGCAACGAGGAAAUUCGUUAUUCCGAUGGGACCGUGGAAUUCUGGAAUGAAAAAGCAAAAACCAGGACCAUUUGUUUUUCCAAGGGGGAAAUAGAAGUACAUACGCCGCAGUGGAAGCAACGAAAAUUCCCUGAUGGAUCUGAAAAAGUAGUUUUCACGGAUGGCAGAUCGGAAAGUCGAUAUUCUGAUGGGCGAAUCCGAAUUAAGGAUCCACAGGGAAAGCUGCUCUUUGACAGUGGAGGCAAUAAAGUUUUUAAUGCAACCGGCGGCAUAACGAUAUGAAAACCGACUGCAAUUGUUUUACAAGAACUGAUAAUUUAGAAAUUUGGUUGUUGUUUGUUGUUUUACGCUGUAUUCAGCUUCAUUUGCAUUACGAAUAUUACCUCAAUUUUGAUCUUUUACGGUUUUACUUGUUAAAACAGUGUUGUUGCUCCUGACUGGUGAAUGACAU